CGCUCCAUUCAAACACUGAGUGCGUCUCUGCUGCGGUGCGUUGCGCGCAGGCUGGAGAGAGAUGACAAGAGCCCCGCGGAACUGGCCAGACAAACAUGGAUCUCCGUAAAACGCUGAUUUCGGUGCUUUGGAUAUUAUUGCUGAACCUAAAGGAAGACUGUCACGCAGAGGAAGUGGUGCUGCUGAAUUCUAAAGAGACUCAGGCAGAGCUGGGCUGGACGUCCUAUCCCCCCAAUGGAUGGGAGGAGAUCAGCGGUGUCGAUGAGAAGUACAAGCCUAUCCGGACGUACCAGGUGUGCAAUGUGAUGGAACCCACGCAGCAGAACAACUGGCUGCAGACGGGCUGGGUGGCGCGCAGAGGUGGCCAGCGCAUUUUCGUGGAGCUCCAGUUCACGCUGCGUGACUGCAACAGCAUCCCCGGCGUAGCAGGCACGUGCAAGGAGACCUUCAACCUCCUCUAUGUCGAGUCCGACAGGGACCUCGGGGGCGUGACCCGAGAGGACCGCUACACCAAGAUCGACACCAUCGCUGCCGACGAGAGCUUCACGCAGGGCGACCUGGGCGAGAGGAAGAUGAAGCUGAACACGGAGGUGCGCGAGAUCGGCCACCUCAACCGCAAGGGCUUCCACCUGGCUUUCCAGGACGUCGGUGCCUGCGUAGCCCUGGUUGCCGUGCGAGUGUACUACAAGCGCUGCCUCGCCACCGUCCAGAACCUGGCAGUGUUCCCGGACACGGUGGCUGAGGCAGCCUUCGCCACGCUGGUGGAGGUGCGCGGCACCUGCGUCAACAACUCUGAGGUUGAUGCUGACAGCCCUCCCAGGAUGCAUUGCAGCGCCGAGGGUGAAUGGCUGGUGCCCAUUGGGAAGUGCAGCUGCAGCGCUGGCUACGAGGAGGGACACAGCAGCUGUGAAGCGUGUCCCCGUGGCUCCUACAAGAUGUCCUCCAGGCAGCAGGAGUGUUUUCCCUGCCCAGCCAACAGUAUCGCAGAGGAGGAAGGAUCGGUGGUGUGUGUGUGUGAGGAGGACCACUUCAGAACCCCGCUGGACACACCCUCAGCACCAUGCACAAGGCCCCCUUCCCCACCUAGAGACUUGGUCUACACCCUGAAGCAGUCCACACUGAUCUUGGAGUGGGCCGCACCAUCUGACACAGGAGGCAGGGUGGAUCUGACUUACAGCGUAGGGUGUCGGAGGUGCGUCCUGAGGCAGUGCGAGCCGUGCGGGGCGAGCGUCGGCUUUGUGCCUCAGCAGGUCGGCCUGACAGAAAGAACGGUGACCGUGGUCAAUCUCCUCCCCAACACCAACUACACAUUCACCGUCGAAGCCUUGAACGGAGUGUCAGAGCUGCUGCCCAACAAGAGGUUCUACACCCAGGUCAACGUGUCUACGAGCCUGCCCGCACCAUCUCUGAUCAGUGAGCUGCGAGCGGAGAAGAUUGACCAGAAGAGCAUCACCUUGGUGUGGAGGGAGCCCUCUUACCCAAACAGCAGCCGCACAGAGUAUGAGGUCAAAUACUAUGAGAAGGAACAAAAGGAUCAGAGUUAUUCUACUGUGAAGACAGCCGCCACACGGAUCAGUGUCAACAACCUCAAGCCUGGCACCACAUAUGUCUUUCUCAUCCGCCCUUUCUCCACGCCGGCCCCCUCCUCAUCCCUGUCGUCUUCGCCUCUGUCAUCCUCUUCUUCCUCCUCUGCCUCCUCCUCAUCCUCCUCUACUUCUUCCUCCUCUUCAUCAUCCCCCUCUUCAUCGUCCUCCUCCUCCUCCCCGCCACCCAUUGACUACGGAGCAUACAGCGCUCCCCUGGAGCUGCAGACACUUGGCGAGUUGGCACUGGCGUCCAGUGAACAGAGUCCGGUGGUGAUCAUCGUCGUCGUGUCUGUGGCUGCCCUGAUCAUGCUGCUCUCUAUGGGAGUUGGGCUGCUCAUCUGGAGGAGACAAUGCGGCUACAGCAAAGCUUCACAGGAAGGAGACGAGGAACUUUACUUCCAGUUUAAGAUCCCAACACGGAGGACCUACAUUGACCCAGAGACUUGUGAGGACCUCCUGCAGGCUGUGCACGCCUUCGCCAAGGAGCUGGACAACUCAAGCAUCAAGAUAGAGAGAAUUGUGCACACAGGCGACUUUGGGGAGGUGUGUCGCGGCUGCCUGAAGCUCCCCAGUAAGAGAGAGCUGCCGGUGGCCAUAAAGACGUUAAGGGCCGGCUGCUCAGACAAACAGCGUCGCUCUUUUCUCAGCGAGGCCGGCAUCCUGGGGCAGUUUGACCACGCCAACAUCAUCAGGCUGGAGGGAGUCAUCACCACUGGUAACACCAUGAUGAUCAUAGUGGAGAGCAUGUCGAACGGCGCCUUAGAUUCCUUCCUUAGGAAACAUGAAGGCCAGUUGAGUGUAAUGCAGCUGAUGGAUAUGCUGACUGGUGUGGCAUCCGGGAUGAAGUACCUCACCGAAAUGGGCUUCAUCCACAAACGGCUGGCCGCACACAAGGUGCUGGUUAACUCCAACCUGGGCUGCAAGGUAUCUGGCUUCAGACCUCUCCAGGAGGACAAGAUAGAGGCCAUUUACACCACACUGCACGGAGGGAAGAGUGUGGUGCUGUGGACCGCUCCGGAGGCCAUCCAGUACCAUCGCUUCUCCUCGGCCUCAGAUGUCUGGAGCUUCGGCAUUGUCAUGUGGGAGGUCAUGUCCUAUGGAGAGAGACCCUACUGGGAUAUGGGCAACCAGGAUGUGAUCAAGGCCAUCGAGGAUGGUUUCAGGCUGCCGGCUCCAGUUAACUGCCCUCCACAUCUCCAUCAGCUGAUGCUGGACUGUUGGCAGAAGGAGAGGACAGAGAGGCCCAGCUUCAGCCAGAUCCACUCAGCCCUCAGCAAGAGCAUUCGCUCCCCUGAUGGCAUUGGUUCCUCCACACUGGCACGCAGAACCCUGAGUUCAUCCAUUACGCUCGCAGAGAGGCCUCUGCCCUCCUUCCCAUCCUUUAACUCAGUGGGAGAGUGGCUGGACGCAGUGGACAUGGGACGAUACAAGGACAACUUCACCGCUGCAGGAUACUGCUACUUGGAGUCUGUGGCACGAAUGACUGUACAAGAUGUACUGAGCCUUGGCAUCACUUCCCUUGAUCACCAGAAGCUGAUACUGGCUGCCAUCCAGACCCUCAGAGCCCAGGUCAUUCAAAUGCACGGCCGUGGUGUGCAGGUCUAACAAACAGUCGACACACCUACUCUUACACUGCUGCUGCAGACCCACACGUGUGUGCAGGUGGAUAAUGGGGUGGAGAAGAGGAGAGAGAGAGAGAGGGAGAGAGAGAGAGAGCUCUUCUAAACUGAAGGAAAGAAGAGCAGAUCUUUCAGCUAACUGCACUCUAUCUACUACUCCUUCCCACACUUCCUCAUGCCUCCCUUGAUUCCUUUCUUCCUUUUUUCUAUGAACGCCCUCAGAGACGAGCAGCGCGUCUGUCGCGUCUGGGGCAUAGCAGAGGAGUGAUGUCACCGGACUUUUUUUUGUGACCUCCAUCUGCACUUCAGUAACUGUGUCAGCUCCAUCUCACUGGUUCUGGAUCCGUGCGUUAGGACAAAUGAAAUAUUGUCUCUAGUGGGACGAGCUGUGUCUGAAGCUGACCUCUGGGCUGUUGGAGAGGGCACAGAUGUAUUACACUGCAAACAAACCAGUUACGGACAAGUGCUCAAAGAAACAUCAAAAUUUUGGGUGGAAUUUCCCUUUACCACAACAUCGAACAUUGAUUCACUUAAAGAAAAAAAAAAACAAUUUGUCGUCAAAGCCAGGAACUACUUUACUGGCCUUGGAUCAAAUUACUCUCCCCUCAGAACUGGCACUGCUGAUUUCACAUCAAACAGGAGCUGAUUUAUUAUGAAGAUACAGAAUCAUAUCAUUGUACGUCAGAGCUGAUCUCAUAUCAGACGGCACAGGAGCAAUUCUGAAGAUAAAACAUGGCUGCAGUAGCUUAAGGAGACUGUGCUGUCCCAUGUCAAGGGUCCAUUAAGAGUGAGGUUAGACGGUAAGGCCUCAACAAAGGCUCGACGAACAGGGCUAGCACACAGUAUAUCCCUGUAUACAGUAUAUAUGAAGUGUGCUGACAGGAUGAAUGGAGCUGAUGGCAUACUGUACUUUCAGGAACAUGAACCUGAUUUUUUUGGGGUGCUGGCGGGGGGGUUACUAAUGUUUGAACAAAAGCUGCAGGAUACAAUUGUAAAGGUUAAAAACGUGUGUUUGAUUGUUCAUUAAUUUGUUGUACAUCGCUGUCCGUUUCACUACUCUCAUCGUUUUACUUCCUUUCUCUUCUCCUCCGUUCUCUCCAGUUGUUUUCUUUGUGCAUUUAAAACAUCGGAUUUUCCCUUUCUCCUGCUGGAUGUCAUCUCGGUAUCAUAAUCCUCCUCUCCAAAGCCUCUCUCACUACCAAUGUUUAAUACUCCGUAUGGAGCGCGGGCCAGCUCUGGAAGAUGGUCUGCGUCAGAUAUUUAUCCAUAUUUAUUUAUGUUUACAGACUGUAACACAAGCCUCUGCAGAAAGAGGUUAGAAGGGUUUAUUUAACUUAUUUAAAAAAAGUUGUCUCCUUGUUCUGUUUCUUUUUUGUUGUAAGAUUAUACCUGAGCAAACGGUUUUGUACACAGGCAGUGAGAGGAACACUGGAGGGUUUUUACUGUCAGCACACAGUAUCUGUGUAUUCUUGAACACUGGAGUUGGUACAGUUAAUUUUAAGGUCCAUUAUCAUUGGAUUUGCUGUAUGCAUUUCAGUGUGUGUGUGUUGCAGUAUGGAUACAGUAUUACAGAAUGUCAUAUGGACUUUUUUUUUCUUCGUAGCUGUUGGAUUAUCAUGUUUAAUUUUACGUUGCUGUUAAUAUCAUGCUCUGCCAUACUACGUGGUUGCACUUUUUCCCCCCAAGAUAACUCUCCCUGUACAGUGAUGUGCCCCUCGCCUUUCCUGUCCUAUUUCAGUACAGGAGACUUGAAGGAUGAAGUUUAUUGGGGCAUUAUUUGACUAUCAUACAUUCUCACAAAAGAAGGUACAUACAUUUUUGACGGGGAUAUUGUAACUGGUUUGUAUUUGGUACAAAACUAGUUUUUUGUUUUUUCUCCUCCUACUUCUCCCUCCCUCUGUGAGUCAAAUGAAAUAAACUCAUAUGUCCUUUUAGAUGUUAUCACGCACAUGUUGACAUAUCUGAAGAGACACACUGAUGGUCCCUACACACACACACACACACACACACACACACUACAAAGACACACACACACACACAGUCGCUGACAUGCAACAAGCUGGACCUCGUCACCAUGAUGAAUGAAAUGUCGUUUCCCCUCUCUGUCCCCCUUCUCUGUUACUGUGACCAUUAUGAUAUAUGUUUAAUACUGUACAUAUGUAUUUGAAAAUGCUAAAUCUAUUUUUAUAAUUUGUUUGAAGAACAAUGUGUUGAAUAUAAUAUCUGCUCACUGUGUAAGGGUUUUAUUUGUUUGAAUUUAGGGCCAUAGCCAAGAAAACAGUGUUUGGAAUAUAAAAUGAAAAAAAAAAAGUUUCUUUUUUUUCGUUAGUUUUUUGAUGAUUUUUACCUGUUAGAAGAAAAUCUGAUGGCUGUUGCAAUAUUGAAACGUGUUAUUA